CCCUAAUUGGCAUUGGACGAAUCGAGCCUUGGAGCCUUCUUUACCGGCCCCGAAGAGUUCGGACAGUCGCGAGGGAGGAAGAAGGCGGGUCCAUUGGUUGGCUUUCGGGUCUUCCUGCUCUUCCAUUCUCGUCCCUGGAUUGGCCGUGAGAGGCUCAUCUACACCUUGGGCCUGCGCGCUGAGGGGCGAAAGAAGGUUGAGGGGGGUUGUCUCUGGGCAAGAUGGCGGCGACUGCGGCCGGUGUGGGCCGAUUAGAGGAAGAGGCGUUGCGGCGAAAGGAACGGCUGAAGGCCCUACGGGAGAAAACCGGACGCAAGGACAAGGAAGACGGGGAGCCAAACACCAAGCAGCUCAGAGAAGGGGAGGAGGAAGGCGAGAAGCACAGGGAACUCAGGCUGCGGAACUACAUCCCAGAGGACGAGGACCUGAAGAAGAGGAGGGUGCCCCAGGCCAAGCCAGUCGCAGUGGAAGAGAAGGUGAAGGAGCAGCUGGAGGCCGCCAAGCCAGAGCCGGUCAUCGAAGAAGUGGACCUGGCCAACCUCGCACCCCGGAAGCCAGAUUGGGACCUCAAGAGAGACGUAGCCAAGAAACUGGAGAAGCUGGAGAAGCGGACCCAGAGGGCCAUCGCUGAGCUGAUCCGCGAGAGGCUGAAGGGCCAGGAGGAGAACCUGGCUUCUGCAGUGGCCACCACCGCCGCCACCGAGCCAGAGGCCUGUGACUCCGACUGAGCUGUGCCCUAUCCCCGCACCCGCUACCAGGCCUGUCUUCCAGGAGGAUGGUCUUGGGCCAGGGUAGAGCCUGGACUUGCCACCACCUCCAGUUUGCCUUAGAACUGACUCCCUGCCUCACAGUCUGAACCCCACCCAUCCCACUGGGGUGAGGUCAGCUCCUUGUCUCCUGAAGGGCCCCUCCAUGCUGAGUUGGGGGAGAGGCUACAACAGCCCUGUGGCCAUGCUGUAUCUGUGCUUGUUCUAUGUAUUUUGAACUUCUUUUUCUAUCUGGAAAUAGAAACACGCUGACCCCUGUGUGUGGCAGAAAACCGUCUGAAUAUUGGGGAUGUUUUGAGUUUGGGCCCCAAGAGGGCAGCUGCAGAGGUGAUGCUUACUAUGAGGAAGCCCUGUAUUGGGCUGAGUGUGUUGAGGUUGGAGGGGUGGGGAGGGCCAGGCCUGACCUUCAGACAUCUAGGUCCUGGCCCCAUCCUUGGUUAGCAGUCAUCAUCUCAAAGUCCUCAGGGGACAGCUGUGGACCUCACGGUAAUCUGUGGGACACCGUGGAGAGGUUCUCGCUGUGGUCCUCUGUAGACCCCCUGACAGUGAGAGAGAGAAGAGACUGGGCCCCUGACAGGGGUGUGCUGCAUCCUGGCAAGCCUCAGCUCUGGGCUGCCACAGAUUCGAGGCCCCGGCACCAUUCAUUCACAUCCGCUCAGCCCCAGAAAGCCCUCAUCCCCCUUCACCCGUCAGAGCUGGACUCUGCCUUCCUGGGACAGGGCCCCUGCAUGGGGAAGGGUGGCCCAUUCUGCUCACCACUGGGAUAUUAUAGCCUGGAUGUUGGGAGUGGCCUUGGACCCUGGGCCCCCAGGGUCCUGGCUUUAGGACCAUGAGCCUCCCCUGUGGAGCUUACUGUCCAGAAUGACCGGCUGACCACAAGGCUGACUCGAGGUCCCUGUGACCGUUUAGUUUUGUCUUCUCCAGGAUCCUGAGUUUCCUUCUGGAUUUCCCCUUGAGCCUCCUGCCCCAGUCAUGGGUCACAUCCCAGUGUAUUGCUCCCUCUGUGCUAGUUUCCAGGGACACAGUGUCCUGGCUCCGGUGGACGGUGCUGAGGAGUCAGACAAUGGAGGGCAAUGAGCAUGCACACUGACUGCCACACUCGUACAGUAAAGCAGACGCUUGAACGCACAGUGACGCAACUCCCCUAAGAAGGCAAUUCUUAGGAAAGCAGCAGAAAGUCGCAGCUGUAGGUAAGGGCCAAAGUGGUGGCUGACAAGGCUAGGACUGAUUCCCCUCACAAGGGACGGGGAUCAGACACAAGGUGUCAGGGCUGGAGCCAGGCUCCCUCUGCAUAGCCAGAGGUCUAGAGCUGUUUCCCUUCCUAGGCAUAAAGGAUGAAAAGAUGCUCACACCUCCUGGGAUUGCAGUUGGAAGCAGGGUGUUUGUCUGUGGCAGUGUAGGAUUCAGACACCUCAAGUAGGCCCCCGCUUGGCACCCUGUAGGGAGGGAGAAGGGGAAGCAGAAACUGUACCCAUGAGGGGUACUCAGAAAUAAUAAAAUGCGUGAGAAAAUCCAGUCAAUGCCGUAGAGAAUGGCCAGCAACACAAGUGGGAGAAUUUCUGCUGGAAGAAAGUCAAACAGUAACAUCCUCACAGGCUUUGAAAUGAGCAUUGGUUUCAUCACCAGAGAGAUCAAAGAGGGACUAACCCCCACUUCACAACUCAAGGACAGGGAUUUGUUAUAAGAAACAACUGAUGAGAAAUCUUGAAAAUAAAGAAUGUUUAUUAAAAUAAGCAACUCACUGAAUGAGUUGAAUGAUAACUUAUAGUCGAAGAAGGGAUUAAUAAAUCAGAAUUAAAGCUGAAGAUCCAAAAGGUGGCAGAGAGCGAGAAAUAAGCAGUGCUUAGAGAAGCAUCACGCAUGCAGAAUGAGUGAUCCAAAAGGGAAAGCAGGGGGGAUUGUGACCAAGUCUUGGAAGUGAUGUUCCUCCACAGCCUGCUUGUUAGAAACAAGUCACUCCAUCCAGCCCACACUCAGAGGGAGAAGAUGUAGAUUACACCUCAAGGUGGAAUCUUUAAGAAUUUGAGGGUGUAUUUUAAAACCAACUCAUACCUGGAUUCAGGGUAAUAAACUGUCAGGAUAAAAAGACCAAGAAACAGUCUUGAAAUUAGAGAUUAUGUCAUCUUGCAAAGACCAAGCCCACAGCAGAUAUCUCAGCCACAGCCAGCGUUAACUGGAAUGGUACCUUUUAAUAUUAGUGUUAACAGACAAAGGUAAUUGUUGAAAAUUCUAUACCUGACAAGAACAUGCCUGACAAGUACGAAAUAUUUUU